AUAUUUUUUGUAUGUGUAGUAUAUCAAAAAUCUGCAGAGCAGCUGUGUGAGAACUUGCAACAUACUCGACUAGUUCCCUUCUCUGUAUCUUAACACUAAGGAGAAAAAUGAAAAGUUGAAAUUAUAAUUCAUUGAAUUUUCAAAAUUAUUUCUAAGACUUUGAUAUUCGAAAGUUUUACGUAUUCGAGACAGCAUAUAUCCUACAUUUAUAGCUCAAGUUUCAAUGCAACUUAUGAUUAAUCAAAGAAGUAUCUGUGUAAAUAGUGACAAGCUGAUAGUGAGUUGCGUUCGUGAUAGUGAUAAAAAGUUCACGUGAAUGGAAUAUAUUACUGUCAUGUAGUACAAUGACGUAUAAACGUCAGGAAUAUACAAAGUAUUUAUUUUUUUUUAACUAUUAUCAUGGGAUCCAGAUUAAGGGAGGAUGUUAAGCAGUUAUUUGAAUGUUUUUGUGAAAUUGCUGCACCAGUUAGCAACAAACAAGCUUGGAUUCUUCAAAAAUAUCCAAGUUCUUUUUCAGAUGAAGAGAUCUUGAAGUCAGUUCCUAAAUUUGCAUAUCCUUGUGAGAUAGAAAAUUUACUGGUACAGCACUUCUCAUUUGUGCUUACUAGUAUAGAUUCAAAAUGGACCUUUGGUUUUUGUCGGCAUGAUCCAAAAACAGAGACCGCAUUAGUGGUCUUGAGUGCAUUACCAUGGCAUGAAACAUUUUAUAAAUUAUUAAAUCAUAUUGCAUCUUUAACAAAUAAUGGAAGUGGAGAAGAUCUUUGGAAAUUUCUUGAGAAGGUACACAGCUGUAGUGUUCCAAUACCUGGAAAUUCAAUAUCUAUACCAAUACCAAGUCUUAAUUCUAAUUUUGUUUGCCAAAGUCCUAAGCAAUUUCAAUUACCUAGUAUUCCAGAAAAUAGAAAUUUGACAGAGUAUUACAGUGCUGUUGAUGCUCAUAAUAUGAUGGUAGUAUUCGCAUCUAUGCUAUAUGAACGACGUAUUAUUUUUACUUCCAAACGUUUGUCAAGGUUAAGUGCAUGUGUACAAGCAUGCAAUGCUUUAAUUUAUCCAAUGAUUUGGCAGCAUAUAUAUAUCCCAGUACUUCCAUUAUCUUUAAUGGAUUAUUUAUUAGCACCAAUGCCAUUUUUGAUAGGUGUACCUGCUCCAACACUCCAGAGGGUUCACAAAAGUGAUUUAGGCGAGGUAGUUAUUUUAGAUGCUGACAACAAUACCAUUGAGUCUCCUUUUCAAGAUUUAGAAUCUUUACCUCAAGAUGUAGUAACAAAUUUAAAAAAAGCAUUACGCAAUAGACCUGCAUUACUUGGAGAUGGGGUGUCUAGGGCAUUUUUACGAGCAUUAGUACAACUGACUGCAGGAUAUAGAGAAGCAUUAACUUUGCAACAAGGAGAACGUAUCACAUUUGAUCAAAACGCAUUUGUAGAAAGUAGACCAUCUUCCAUGCAACCUUUUCUACGAAAAAUGUUAGAACUUCAAAUCUUUCAACAAUUUAUAGAAGAGAGAUUAAAUAUGCUCAAUUCUGGACUUGGCUUCUCAGAUGAAUUUGAGAUGGAAGCAUGCAGUUAUUCAGUCAAAUCUAGCAAUAAAUUUAUGCAACAAUAUAGAGAAUGGACUUAUGCUAUGCGGAAAGAAAGUUCAGCAUUUUUCCGUAGUGUGAAGGAUAAAGCAAAUCCAGCGGUAAAAUAUGCAGUUAAAUCUGUCAAAGAUAGAGGAAAAGAUAUGAAGACAGCAUACAAAGGAUUGAAAUGGAAAGGACGGUCAAAUAGAAGUGAGAAUAGUAUGAGAUUUCAUCAACCAAGAUCUGCACCUAGUUCGCCUACUUUAGACAGAAAUCCUAUUGGAUUUACAGCACCACCUAAAUCUCCCAAUGGAUUUACUGCUACGACUAGUUAUCGAAAGGAAUUACGUUUACGCAAUAGCAAUUUUACAGAUCCGAGAAAACAAUACUCACCAUUAAGUCCAAGUUCUCCUGAUGAGUCAGAAUCACCACCAGAACGUAUAAAUAUAGAUCUCAUGCAUGAACUUCGGGAUGUAAUAUUUCCAAACACACCACCUGUGGAUAGAACUUUGAAGCCAGUACGCAGUUUAGACAGCUUGAGAUCUGCAUGGAGUGGGCAUUCACGACAUGGCCCCCUACCUCGUACUAUUGUCAGAAACGCUCAUGAAAUAUCCCCUCCAAAAACUACUUCAUCUUGCAUCCAACCAAUACCCAUCAUGAAUAGUACAAUUGAUCAAUGUAAUACUUCAAUGGAAGCAUUACAGAUAAAUCUAAACAAACCUUUUGGUAAUGAUUCAUUGUCUGCUAAAUCAAACAGAAUUACUGCUGAAAUAGAUUCAGAAGCAUGUUUCAUACAUACUUCAUCCUCUGUACGUGGAUUAUCUGCACAGUCUAAUUUUUUACGUGAUUUGUAUACAUGUAAUGAAUGGAUUACUCCUGCUAUCAAUGUUCCUCAUUACUUACAAAAUGAUAUUAAACAGCAAAGAUCACAAUCCAAAGUUCAUUCACAAAACGUAACUAAACAUGAUUACAAAAAUAUUUUUACAAAUGUUGAUUCAGUAUUGAAAAAACAAAAUGACAAUAGUUCGCCAGAAGUGCCAGAUUUAAUCAGAUUAGAUUCUACAAAUAGUAAUGAUGAUUUUGAUCCAUUACUUUCUAAAUCUUCAGUAUUUCCUAAUACAAAGCAAAUGACACAGUCCCUACAUAUACCAGAAAUGGGUGAAGGUCUUAGUAAUCCUUUAUAUCCUUAUUUUCAACCUUUACACAGUGCAAAAGAUGUACAACAUUCGCAUAAACCUUCUGAUAGUGUUGGUGAUUUGGAUCUAUUACAAGCAUAUGGUUUAGAUUUUGAUAAAUUUAGUGUAACUAAUGGUGCAUCGCCAACAAAAAGUUCAGUAGCACCUACACAGAAUGCACCUGGAAACAGUAUUAAAAAUAUGGAUAAUGCUUUUAGCUUAUCGCUCGGCACAUCUACAGUUAAGUCACAAAAUAAUUGGACAAAAUUUGAAUAGAUAAAAAAGAUUAGAAAUCGCAUAUCAUAAUUGUAUAUAUCGGUUUUUGUUAUUUAUCAUUAUAUAUCUGCAAUAUAACUUGUAUAUUUUCUUUGGAAGAUAAUUUAAUGCAGCAAAUGUUCAUAAUAAUAUUAUAUUGGGACGUGAAGUAUUGUUACUUUCAUUCAUAGAAAGUGUAUCGUUCCUAUCCUGAUGCACAAUUAUGAAUUUAAUAUAUCUGUUUAUAUUUAAAAUUUCUUGUAAUCUAAUUAUAUACAAAACAUGCUUAUUUGUACAUAACUAUUAAAUUUUAUUAUUAUUAUUA